AUGAUUAAAGUCUCUGUUCGCCACUAUAUUGUCCUGCGGGUGCCUACUGAACCAAUUAGCUCAAUGAGUAACGCGAAUAGCUCCUUCGCAGCCUCUCGGCGUAUCGUUGAAGAAAUCUGA